AUGUCGAACAAUCAGGAACCACAGGUCGCACCACAGACUCAGGAAGUAGUUGGCCAGCCCGAGCAGGAUAGUCAUGUGCAAACAACGGAUAGUAUUUCUGCGAGACCUGAAGACGAUAACGAACGUGGGAGCCAUCACGACGGAGACGACUCCUCCAAUUCCGAGUCAAAUUCAGAUUCAAGCACCUCGACGGAAACACCUGGCACCAUAUCUACCCCAAGGUCCUCUGCGCACGAAAGCGGUCAACCUGUACCUGAUUCGGAAUCGUCCCGACUAGAAAAUUCAAAUCCAGAACAACCAUCAAGUCAAGUUGGCCUCGCACCCGACUCCCAAGCCACAAUCUCUGAUCCGGACGCAGAAUCCUCGGUCGAGCCUGCUUCCAUACCACCAGUGCUGACCAACACCGACGUACCGAUCAUAGAUCACACUCCCUCAUGGGUGUUGUAUGAAGAGGAUACCUCGGCUCCCGACGAAGAAGAAUUGAAAGAGAUAGAGGCCGACGGGCACGAGCUCAAUGCAUCCGAUCCAAACGCAAUCGAGAAAGACGUCUUCUCGGACUUGGACGACCGAGAUUACCGGCCAAGCAAAAAGAUAAGGUUAUCAUGGGUGAUCAAGGGCGUGAGAGGCACGAAGGAACGCCCCAAUCGGGCUCGCAUCAUGCAAUCGCCCUCGGUCUGCAUUGACGGCAAAUAUUGGAGCAUCAAGUUUUUUCCUCGAGGUAAUAAGAGCAGGACUUCCUUGUCAGCCUACCUCCGCUGUUCUCCUCAAGAGCCACCCGCCGCAGCAGACGACCUUGUUGGUUCCUUCAAGGCCUGGGAAGCUGCACCUGAUGACGACCUUUCCAAGACCGAGCCCGUGUGUGAUCUCAAGCUGGAAUUGGCUGAAGUGAAAGAGGAGCAUGCUACAACCACUGAGCAUGAGCCAGAAAGCGUACCGCAAGGCCGACAGCGUCGAGAUAGCCAUGACGAUGAUGAUGAGAGCGUUUCCGGCGCCGAGGACGACCAACCCGAAACUGCUUCAACCACAACACCUGUGCAAGAUUAUCGAAUCUCUGCACAGCUAGGCCUGGUCAUGUAUAAUCCAACAGAACCACGUACGUCUUACACAUCCUCUGCUUCCCAUCAAUUCUAUCCUCAUCAAGACGACUGGGGCUGGGAUACAGCUGUCAACCAUUGGAGCGAGAUCCACCGAAGACGUCGUGGUCAACGCCAAGCCUUACUACGAGACGACACUAUCGCCGUCGAUGCCUACGUUCGAAUCUAUGACGACCCUACUAAAGCUCUUUUCUGGCACUCUUCAGCUGGUGAAAGCCAGUGGGAUGCGAAGGGUUUGGCUGGCAUCUUUCCUGUCGGAACUCGUCUUCUGUACCACAGCCCAGCAACGGCUGGCAUCAUUGCUUGGACGCUUCUUGCCCCUUUUCGAUCGCUUGUUCAGAACUUUGAUGCUGGCAUUUGGCGCAUCGACAGUUCAGCCCGACCACGUCCGCUCAUGGCACAUCUCCAGUUGAUGCUCUUUCAGAUGCGGAACAUGAAAAAGGAGGAAUUAUAUGUGCGCCUCGACAAUAUAAUUCACGAAAUCACAAAAUGUGGAGAGUCUUUUGACAAUGUCAAUAUGUUCUGGGAGGCUUUUCGCCGUUCGAUAGAGAUUGAAGCAGAAGGCGACCACAAAGUUGUCCAGGGUCUGAUUGACGUCUUUGGUAGUCAAGACCAGUUGCGAGCUAUACCUCUGUUGCCGGUUCACAAUGUUGCAGAUCUCCAAGCUAGUGCCAACGAAGCUUUCGAGAGAGCACACUUCAAGGGACCACUGCCGAAUUUCUUACCUCUGACACUUCAACGACAAAGCUUCGAUGCCACCAAGCGAGAGUGGCUGCUUCACAACGAUCGUGUACGAAUUAAUGAAGUGCUCGACCUCAGCAAGUUUGCUGACGUGGACGACGCAAAAUAUACCUUGUAUGGCUUUACCGUACACGAUGGCGAUCGAACUUCCGGCAAAUUCUUCAGUGUGCUGCGGCCACAUGGACCUGGAGGUAAAUGGCUUGUCUUCUCCGACGGCAAUGGUAACAAGGUCUUCUCUUACACUAAGAAACGUCUAGCAGAGUACGAGGGCCUGGAAGGUGCUGAGCUUAAGAAGGCCACAAUUAACCAUCAGACGGCACAUACAGCACUAUAUAUACGCACAAGUUGCUUGUCAGACUAUCUCCUGUCAGAACUCGAAACAUAUCGCCUACCCUACUGGUUGAAAUUCCAUCUAGAUGAAGCAUAUAACAACAACGCAGACAUGUUCGAGAAGCCAGACGAACCAGAGCAUGGAGACUCCAUUCCGAUCGAGCUUUUCUGGGACAAAUCAGUUGGUGGUCAACAAGGCAAGCUUGAUCUAUACAGAUUAAAGAGCCACGAAAAGGCAAAACAAAAGCAGUAUUGGCAGCGCUUCUUGGCUCAUAAACAGGCUACUAUUGCCGACAUCAAAGCGAAGAUAGCUGAGAUGCUACAAGUCGACGAGAAAGCCUUCAAGCUCUGGGCUAUGAACCACCAUCGUUUAGGUGGAAAGUAUGAAGUGGCAGAAGACGAGCUCGCUGAGCGGUUCAUGAAACUAGGAGAAAUCAAUAUCCAAGCGCCCCCUGAACCAGAGCCAACGCCGGAAGAACCAGUAAUAACACCUGAAAUUGCUGAGCCACAAGAAAGCGAAUCGCACAACCCCAAUGUAGAGCCUGCUGGAUCAUCGUCUGCAAGCGAAACCGCCGCUGCUGCGGAUGCCGAACAAGCAUCUGUACGGGAGGCAGUCGAUGCGUACUUGGAAACAACUGCUGCUUCUGAGGUGGUGUCCGCAUCAACAACCAACCAACCUGAUCACGAACAACCAGGUACGGAUGGUACAAGAGAAACACAGGCAACAUCGAACGAAGAACCAGCAACGCAAAGUCUUCAGACUCACGACAACGAACAAGCCGAUGAAUUAGCGCCCCUGGAGAACGCGACGACGGGUCGAGCCAGUGUUGAAAAUGAUACUGCAUCGUCACAAACAGAGAACAAUGUUGCUGUUAUCGUACCAGUAUCUCAGAGUAUAGUAGAGACUCUCCCCGCAGAAUCUCAUCCCACACUUGUUCAGACGGUUAGAGACCACAGUCCUUCAACACCAGAUGCUCCUGUAACACCGUCAGAGCCGGCGUCGAUCGAAGCUGCCCAAGAAAAUGCUAUGAGAGAAAUGCUUGCUGUAGCAGAAGCAAACGAGUCAAUUCCACCUGUUGUCCAUGGUCACCUGAUUGAUGCCUCUGCGCACACGUCUACUGUUGCCGAUUCUGCAAAUAACGAGACAAUUUUAGGUCACGGCCUGCCUCCAUUGCCCGCUGGUAUACCGAUACCCAUUGGCAAUGAUCAAAUCGUUCUCAUACAGCCCGCGCAGGGCGAUAUAUCGGCCGAAGAUGCUGCAUUAAUCUCACAAAUGAUAGCAGCUGAUCUCGAGGCUGCAGAACGAUCUGAGCAGCCAUCGAAUGACAGCAACGCAAUCGAAGAGGCGGAGUCUGAUGGCGAAGACGAAGCUGUUGACUCACGACCAGCCACGCCUACGCAGCGCAUACCUGAUGUCUAUGGAUUUUUGCACAUUUUUGAUGCUGAGCAACAAAAGUUCACAGCUCACAGUACGUUUACGGUCCCUCGAGACACAAAUAUCAGCACAAUGGUUCGCAAACAGAUGAACUACGAUGACGAGAAAAGCUUCCAUCUUUGGAAGCGCGAGGGCACAUACAGAACGGUUGGUGUCUCCCUUGAGUCUACCUUCCAAGAUGCGUCACUACUAGACUGUUGCGAGGUCAUCGUUGGCGACCAUCUAGGCGAAACAAAAAUGGAAGCUUUGAAAGCUGAAGCGAAAUUCGUGGAUCCUGGGCAGCUAGUGCGAUACCUAGCUAUGGUCCAGCGCCGCCAUCCCGUCGCAGCGUUAACAACUCAAGAAUCAGUCGAAAUCGCAGAGUUCGGAGGCGACUACUACAAAGGCCCGCUAGUACAAGGUCAACGCCACGGUACAGCUUGUUCCCUCAUCACACAGGCCGGCGAUACCUACGAAGGACCACUCGUAGCAGGUCAAAAAUCAGGGCAGAAGGGUAAAAUGACCUACCAAAACGGCGACACGUACAACGGCGGCUGGCUCGAUGACAUGAAGCACGGCGAAGGUGAGUUUCUCGAGCAGCGCACUGGCAACCGCUACGUCGGAGGCUACGAGAACGACAAGCGCUGGGGAAAAGGCGUCACCUACUGGCAGCAAGCAGAUCAGCAGGCGGCACUAUGUCAGAUCUGCUACUUUGAAGAAGUCGACGCGUUAUUCUACAAGUGUGGCCAUGUCGUUGCGUGCUACGCAUGUGCGAAGCAGUGUGCUGGUGAUUCGAAUGGGUGUCCGGUGUGCAGGAAGCCUAUUGAGGCGGUGGUGAAAAUGUAUCGGUCGUGA